CAUGCAUAGGGGCAGAAACUUUAACUGUCCUGAAAGAAAAACGGUUGAAGAUCUCUCGCUUGCCCGCGCGCGUGUGCGUGUGUAUACAUGCGACCUCAGUUGCUCCUCGAAUUUCCGAAUAAAAAGUAAACUACAAUUCCUGGUUUGAAAAAAAGAAAAAAUGUCGAGAGUAUACCCUAACUGCAGUAGCUAAUGGCGAAUGAAUGUUUAGGAACAGGAAGCGGGAGUCACUUGUUCAUGACUUACUCACUACCGGCUAAAUAUCAAUGUUGUCAUACAUUUGCUUUUAUUAACCUAUGUUUGUCAAAUUGUCGGGAAAUGUGGUGUCAGUUUUAAUAAGUAGCCGUAAGGGAAGGGGAGUAACCGGAAAUCUUUUCUGCUCACGUGAUUUGUUACGCAAAGGCCACGCCUUUCAAACCGGGUAGCAUUUCCAAACUCAAACGUGUCCAGAUAACAUGGGCCCGCACGUUUACUCGCUUUAUAUAUGAUACAAAUAUUAUUCAUUGAUAAUUACACGCUCACAUCAUGGAUACAGCGGGGCUGGAAGACAGCUGUUUGGGAUACGAGGUUAUUCUCACAGAUGACGACGCAUCAACGCCGUGUUGUCCACAUGGACCAACUUUGUUGUUUGAGAAAGUUGCGAAACGAGGCGAGGGCGGAAGGAGGUUUUACGCGUGCUCGGCUUGCAGAGAUCGGAAAGACUGCAACUUUUUCCAGUGGGAAGACGAGAAAGUGUCGGAGGCCCGUAAAUUGGCCAGGGAGUUGGAGAACAAAAGGAGGCAGCCCCCGUUCAGCCAGCAGCAGUAUAGUGCAAGGUUCCAACAGUUUAUCGCCCUCCCACCUGACGAAAAGAAGUUUUGUCAGGAUUGCCAGCUCCUCCUGCUUGCCGAGGAGACGGGUGCACACGCCGCCCACGUAUGCAUCCCUGUGGCCGCCGCCCAGCUGCGGCGCCCCAGCAGGUUGCUGUGUCCCUUGGACAACAAGAAGAGCAAUGCGCAGUAUUUGUUCACCGAGCGCACCACCCGCUUCCUGCUGGGCACUCUGGUUGCCCUGCGCUUCAACAAGGUGCUGUGCGUGGGCACGCCCAGACUGCACGAGCUGAUUAAAUUGGAAUACCCGAGCGGAGAGGCAAGGCCAAUGAAAAGCCUCCUGCUUGACAUCGACUUCAGAUACGCCCAGUUCUACGGCCAAGAUGAGUUCUGCCACUACAACAUGUUCAAUCAUCACUUCUUUGAUAGUGAGGCCUCGAUCGCAGUACUCCAGGCAUUUCUCAGAGAGUCGAAUGGGCAGAAGGUGGUGAUGGUGGCCGACCCUCCGUUUGGGGGUCUGGUGAAACCACUGGCCAACAGCUUCUCUCGGAUCGCCCAGGCAUGGACGAAACAGCGAAUCUUGGGGAGCAGUAACGUCAACAUGCCCAUGAUAUGGAUCUUUCCGUAUUUCUUUGAAGCUCGCAUCCUCGACUGCUUCCCUUGUCUAACUAUGCUGGACUACCAGGUGGACUAUGACAACCAUUCCCUGUACAAGCACGGGAAGACGGGAAGGAAGCAGUCCCCAGUCCGAUUGUUCACGAAUAUUACUGCCGCGGAAAUUGUCCUUCCCGAGGAGGAGGGCUACAGAUUUUGCGCCAUCUGUGAGAGAUUCGUGUGGUCCCUGAAUAAGCACUGUACCAAAUGCAACGUCUGCCCAUCCAAGGAUGGACGCCAGUGGAAACACUGCUCUGUUUGUGAGCGAUGUGUGAAACCAUCAUGGCAGCACUGUCAAUCAUGCGGCCGCUGCGCCCUCCCGGACCACCCGUGUGACCAACACCAAGGCGAGGAAGGUUGCUACAACUGCGCAAGCCCGGGGCACAAACGCAAAGCUUGUCCUCGAAAACACAUCAGCAGUCGUCGGUCCACGUCCAAGAGAGGACGUGUCGUCCAGACCAAGCGGAGAAAAGAAAGAAGGAAAGAAAAAAAAAAUUGGAAGGACUAAAGAUAUGGGAAAAAAAAAUGUCUCCCUGUUUCACUUUCCACUUUGUCUAGUUGCAUUAACAGUUUAAAGGGACACUUGAUUGGGAUGAACAUGGGCACCUGUAUGUAAAAAUGACGUUGGCCCUAAAAUUCACCCCCCUGAAAAACUCUGGAGUUAUUUACGUUUUUUUAUUUUGUGACAACUUUCAGCACACUACGUCAUGCCCCAAAAUUGGGAGGAAACUGCUUGAUUGACACAUCAGGCAGACGAUGUCAUUGUGUUAUACAACAGAGGCGAGCGUUGCAAUAUUGUUUCCUGGCUUGCCUCAUCAUUUUCUGUUGUCACGUAGUGUCUGAAAAUGGUGCGAUAUUGCCACCAAAAUUCAUCUGCACGUUCGCAAUGACGUUGGACUGCAGCAGAUUGCUCCGAGCUUCAGUCAGAAUGAGGUGUGGCCCAAAAUACUGAUACACUAUUGUGACCUAUCAGAAUUUCACUUGACAUUCCUUCCACACGCAGUUGAAUAUAUCCUCGCAGAUUGUUUUGAAAACAUUUAAGACGGUGGAUUGCGAGUGAACUGGUUGAACUUGCGGGAAAACAAAAUAAACCGCGUAAGGAAUUGGCGGUCAAACUGACAGAAGCGAAGCGUCGAUUUUUUUCUGCGUUAUGUAAGCUAAGUUCCGUCAAAUACACGUCCCUCCACAUUUCCAUGUGGUACACUCAAGUUUAUUUAUUUUUGUGAUAAUGUUUCUCCAUUUUUUCAGUUUUUCACACAAUAUUCCGAUUUGAUUGCUUUUAUCCAGGUUAUAAAUGAUGCCCCCCCGACCCCUAGCUAUGAUUCAGUUCUUUUGAAGCAUUUUAAAAUCACUUUCACUUUCUUUGCUUUUAUUUUGAUUCUUGUUUGUAAAUGCUUGUACACGUGACUACAAGUUUUCCUGCUCAUUUUGGUCGGCUACUUUUUGUUUCUUUGCCUUUGAACAUCGCACUGUUUUCUUUCUGAAUGCUUUUGAUUGUACUUUUGAUUGUGUGAAGACCAUUGAGGUGCCUCGUGUAUGAAAUGUGUGAUAUAAAUAAAACUGCAUUACCUCAGCUCGA